UUGACUAUGCUUAGCACAACAGCAACAUAAUAUUUAAGGGUGUUAUGGUGCAUGAAGCCGGUUUGCAACGUAGAAUAUUAAAAAAGCAACAAGCUGAUCUGAAUAGAAUUGAAUAUUAUUUCAUGAUUGUUUGGAGGUCCUAUUUGUUGGUAAUAAAGAAAGGCUGGAAGAACAAAAUGGGAAAGAACCAGAAUAAACUUUUUCCAGCUUUGCUGGUAAGUCUUCCAUUGGUGAUUUAGAUAUUAGAAUUUGCCAGUUGUACUUUCCUAUAAUUUUAUUUCACAGGCCUCUAGCGGCAAAAUAAAAUAAAGUUGGUUUCUUGACAUCCACUCUAGGAUCCGUAUGGGGUAUUAAUAUUCACUCAUCUUUUAUAAGAAACACUCCUAUCACAUUGAACCCUUCACAUUCAAGCUUUUUCUUGAUUUCUUUCCCUUUUUUGGACCAUGUGUCGUUUAGAUAGGAUUAUGUUUAAGUAUUUAAUUUUUCCUAGUUGACCCCUUUUCUAUAAAUUCAUCACUACUUCACUUUGGAUAAAGUCUCCUAUUUUCAUUCUUCUUUUUGAUUAUUAGUUGGGAUCAAUGAUCAGUGAUCAGUGAUCAGCUUUCAUUCUCUGUUAACAACCUGUUGAGAUGGAAAAAACUAGAAGAAGUGAUGAAUCAACCAUGUCUAAAAAUGCAGAUAUUUCAUUAGAAAAUGAAUUGGGUUGUGGUCUAAUGGGUGCUUUUUUUCCAAGAAAAAACUCUAAGCCAAAUACAUCAACUAUACCACCAAUUCCAACCAAGAUUAGUGACACCAAUUCUGUCAAGAAUUCAAGAAACGGGCGAAGCAGUUCUUGUGGUAAGGCAUGUUUGGACUCCAGGAAAUCAACUAAGCCUUCACCGAAACUAGGUGACAAACCAUUCAGAAAAUCAUCCUUAAAUAGUUCGAGGAAUUCAAGUUCUUGUGAACAGAAUAAUAUUAGAAGAUCUUCAUCAGAUGGUACGAGAAACUCGAAUAAAGCAUCAUCCAAUUUUUCUAGUGUGACCAGGAUGACACAAGUUGUGAACUUAGCAUACACACAAAAGCUUAGAAGAGAACCAUCUUUUACCUCAACUGAUUUGAGCAUGACAAUCUUUAGCCAUCGAAAAUCCAGGACAAAUGGAACGUUGAAUCGCGAUUCAACAGGCAAUGUUAGCCUAUUAGACCACUUGGGAAAUUUGAAGCUGCAGGGGAACCAAAAUCCCUCUAGUGACAUAAAGAAAAAAGGCAGUGUUUUGAUGGGAAACAUAGUAAGACAACCUAGUGUAAGAAGCCAUCAAUCCGGGAAUACGUUUCGCCAUUCUGCAAAUAAACUAGACCCUGAUGCACUCAAGUCCAUAGGCAAUGAGCAGUAUAGACAGGGAAAGUUUGAGGAAGCAUUGGCUUUAUAUAAUCAAGCAAUUGAAAUUGAUCCAAAAAAUGCUUGUUAUUAUAGCAACAAAAGUGCAGCUUUGAUGAGUUUAGGCCGCUUAAUUGAAGCAGUGCUAGCAUGCAGAGAGGCCAUUCGGCUAGAUCCUUCUUAUCACAAUGCACAUUUUCGUCUUGCAAGACUAUACCUCAGACUAGGAGAUGCAGAGAAAGCGAUAGAUCAUUACAAACAAUCAGGACAAAAAGUUGACAAGAAGGACAUUGCCGAGGCUCAUGAUCUUAAGCGACAAAUCAUAAAAUGCACAGAAGCACAGAAACUGAGAGAUUACAACACAUUGCUUAAGGAAACACAUAAUUCAAUCUCCUUAGGAGCAAAUUCAGCUCCGCAGAUCUUUGCCAUGAGAGCUGAAGCCUUGUUGAAGUUACAUAGACAUGAGGAAGCAUACACCACAAUUCAGAAUGGACCUGAUUUUCAAACUAAGCUUUACACUAGCAUUUUCGGUACAGAAAAAACAGCGUAUUUAUUAAUCGUUCGAGCUGAGGCCUAUGCAACUAUAGGCAAGUUUGAAGAUGCCAUGGUUGCAGCUCAAGAAGCAGUGAAAUUGGAUCAAAGCAAUGAAGUAACUAACACAACUCUAAGGAGAAUUAAAGGGUUGGUAUCAGCUCGGUUAAAAGGCAAUGAGCUUUUCAAAGGAAAUGAAUUCUCAGAGGCUUGUUCCGUAUACACUGAAGGACUAGAAAAAGAGCCAUACAAUUCUGUUCUACUAUUUAAUAGAGCAGCUUGCCGAUUCAAGCUAGGACAAUUUGAAAGAGCAGUAGAAGAUUGCACUGCAGCUCUUGUAUUACGUCCUUCCUAUGCAAAGGCUAGACUGCGAAGAGCUGAUUGCAACAUCAAGUUGGAAAGAUGGAAAGCAGCUAUUCAAGAUUGUGAAGUGUUGAUGCAAGAAAAUUCAGAGGAUGAUGAAGCAAGUAGGGUGUUCUUAGAGGCAAAUGUUCAGCUUCAAAAGCAGCUAGUAGAGGACCAUAACCAGAGUAAUCUAUUCUACGGUUCCAACUCCGCGCUUGUCUCCGGCUACUAACAUCUCAACAUUCCCUUUCAUUUACUACACCAAAUUAGUACCAAAUCCCUACGGUUUUGUAUCAUGAAUUACACGCGGACCCAAGAUUUUGCACAAGUUAAAGACGUGUCUAAUAGUAUAAGUGGUGUGGGUAUGACAUGUAGGAUUUGAUCAUUUUAUUAUCCUUUGUUUGUUCUUAAUCCAAUCCCAAAAUGAAGUCUAAAGUUGGCACUUAGAUAAUUUUAACAAAAUUGAAAAU